AUGUCAUACUUGAAUGUUAUACUUGUUGGCCCUACAAGCUCAGGAAAAACUGCGUUUAUGAGAACCCUCUGCGAGCGCAUGAAACACAACAUCAUUCAGGGAACGUUUAGGGAAUCCAAGCCAAUGGUUCUCAAGGAGCCAAUUCGGCCUACUGAAGAACUCUACAGCGUGUCCAUGCAUAUUGAAGAGCAUGGCCAGCGUACUGCACUUACUCUUGUUGAUACUCCUGGAUUUACCACUGGAUUCUCUGUAGAUCACCAGCUUCGGUACAUUGCCAAGUACAUUGAUCACCAAUUUGAACUGACCUUGGCAGAGGAGACAAAAAUCAGACGAGACUCCAAAGCUCUCGACACGCAUAUCCAUGCAUGUAUUUACUUUAUUGAUACCAAGGUUUCUGGCUUAAGUGAUGUAGACCGUUAUGUGAUCAAAUUGCUGGGCUCCCGUGUAAAUGUGCUCCCCGUGAUUGGCAAGGCAGACACACUGACUCAAGUUCAGCGGGAGAAUAUCAAAUCGGGAUUUCGUAAAGAAGUAUUCGAUGUUUUGCAUGCACCUGUCUAUGGUUAUAUUGAAGUUGACGAUGAAGAUGAAGACAUUGAAGAAGACGGGGAUGAAGAUAAUUCUGCUAACAGCGAAAAAAUGGUUUUUCGAGAGAAGGCACAAUCAGUCCUAGGUAGACGAUAUCCUUGGGCAGUUGUGGAAUGUGGCAAUCCAGAUCAUUGUGAUUUUGAAAAACUCAAGAUGUUUCUCUUGGGCUCGCACCGAGAUAUGCUGCGAGUUGACACAUUUGAGCGCUUUUAUGAAAAAUACCGCUCUGCACAGCUUCUAAACCGAAGAGCAGACCAGAUAUUGAAUCUCAAGACCAGGACUCCUCAUGUGUCGACUUAA